UGACGAUUGACGGGAGUCCAUCAGCUCAGCUAAACAUCCUUGUAGUGGGCAGCAUGGAAAAAAAGAGGGCUUUUAUGGUGAUAUCCUUCCUCAAAUGCUCUGGCCAUUAACCGUGAGAUGCUUGCUUGUGUACAGGCUUUGUCAUGCAAGUGCAGCAGACUACUUUGUAUGCAGCAAACCUCAAGUCUCUGUUGUUAUUGUUGUAGUUAGCAAGGCUGUUUUCCCUCCUGCCUUACUCUCAGCUGGAGUAGUCAGGGCAGAAGUGAGAAAUCACUGGACCGUCUGUGAGCUAAGCUAGCAUAGCUGUUUAUUUGUCUGUAGACGGUGAAUAAGCUUGUUGUCCCAGCUACAGCACAUACGCCUGCGUCAGCUGAAUCAGUCCAGACUGGCAGAUGUGGGCAGAGAGGUUGUCGGCCUGGGUGAACUUUAGGCAUUCUAGCUUCAGUGCUGUGGCUUAGAUACCAGCAACAAAGGAUUCUGGGUGUACUGGGCUGAUGGUUGGAUGGCUGUUCAAAGCUUUAACAUAGGUAGGCAGUGAAGUUUUCUAGAAGCAUCUUUUUAUUAUUUUCAAUAAAUUCAAGUUUGAGCCUCUAGAUGAGUUAUUUAUUGGCAGGACGUUGCAGAUUUAGUGCAGCAAGUUGAAGCAGAAAUACUGUAACUGUUAAUAUAGAAGUUGCACUUUUUUUUUCCUGUAACAGCUGUCCUUUAACAUCACUUCAUUCACACAAAAUAACACAAAGACUGUGAUUGUCAUGUUUUAAACUGCUGUGUUAUGCAAGUGAAAAUCAAACUAUGUUUUGAUAACAUGGCCACAUAAAUAAAGACUAGGCACCCAAAAGUAAUUUUUUUUUUUGGAUUAUCCAAAACACUGUCCACACUAUCUUAAUUGCACAGAUCUAUUGGUGCAUUAUUUUUGUGCCAUGUUUGCUAGUGUAUUAUUUAUACAAUGAUAACAUUGUAGAAGAUAAUUAAUUUCUCUUCGAAACACCUGUCUCAAGAAACAGAUGCCAUGGUACCUUUUAAUGCCAUGGAUUGUUAAAGUUGCAAAUAUUGUAUUAGCAAGUUAAGGUAGUUUUGAAAUGAUGACCACAUUUAAAAUGACAUACUAAAAGACUUUAAUGCUUUAAUGUGAAGACAAAUGACAUUUACAGGAGAAAUAUUAAAAUUUUAUUGUGCUGCUAUCAUUGUUCACUCCUACAUCUCAAACAGUGGUGGUGGUAGAAAUGAUUUGGGACAGCCAAGGGAUUCCUGUAUUCUGAGGUGCCUUUAUAGAGAUGGAUAUAACAAGAGGUGUUGCCAUUGUUCUUUUUCUGUCUAGACUUCUUCUAAGCCAGAAUCUGUGAACAGGAGGAUCUGGAGACACAGAUAUGCCUCUAACAAAAAGACUCUGGGUGCCCCACCCCUGUGACUGCUAACUGCUAAUCUGCAGAAUAAAAAACAGCCAUGGCUAUUCUCUUCAUGUUUAUGCAUCACUCUCUGAUCAUUUAUGCUUCUUCCUAUGCACCUUAUACUUUCCAAAUACUCUGUUGUCUAUUAACUAAAAUAAACACAUCUAGGUUGUAAAAUUCAUUGUGGAAAUUUCCUUUAACACAGAGUAGAGCUAGCCAUCUGGAGAGGUUCUUAUCAGCUGUUAGUGUGAUUGUGGCUGGGACAAAGCCUGACCCACUGUCCUCUGCAGUGUGCAGCUGUAGGAUGCAAUAGUUUGAUCCUUCUGGUGCUUGAUAAGAGUUUAGAAAGAGAGAUUGAGUCCGGUUGAACCAGGCUGAUGAGAAGACAAACCGUUCAUGUUAAAACUGCUGCCCUGAGGCAAGGCUGUUUGCUUUUGCACUUUAUCUUCUUCUGCCACUUUCACUCAUUUCUCUUAGCUGGUUUUCACAAAGAGCAAUGGCAGUGGUUUUGUGUGUAUAGUAACGAUACAAAUUUCUGUAAUUUUGUUUUCUGUGGAAAAGAGAGAAAAACCUCAUAAGCCAGAAGUCAGACAGCAGCCAUGUAGAAGCUGGCAUCCUUCCAAAGAGGCUACUGAAAUGUCAGAACAGUGAUCACAUUUCUUGGCCGUUGAUGGACAAUCCCUAUGAAGAAACAGGGCUACAAUGGGACAGAGUACCUCGGAACAAGAGGUCCCCGAAGAGAACCCCGAGGACGGGUUUAAUAACUUCAAGUCCUUUGUGGAGGAGGAACUACAGACGAGCAUGAUGGUGGGGAUGGUGAUUGGUGCCGGCAUCGCCAUAGUCCUCAUCGCCAUCCUCAUCUUCUUCAUCUUGCGAAGAAUUCAGCUUCGAAACUUAGAAGCUCAGGAGGCCCCUAAAUAUCGCUUUCGCAAGAGGGAUAAAGUCAUGUUCUAUGGGCGAAAGAUAAUGCGUAAAGUCUCUCAGUCUACCUCUUCCCUGGUGGGUACUUCCUCAUCGUCUCGACCACGCUUGAAGAAGAAGCAGAAGAUGCUAAACAUUGCCAAAAAGAUCCUGCGCUUUAAGAAGGAGGUGCCCACCCUACAGGCCAAGGAGCCACCUCCCUCAGUGCUGGAGGCCGACCUCACUGAGUUUGAUGUGGCCAACUCCCACCUCCCCUCUGAGGUGCUCUACAUGCUCAAAAAUGUCCGCGUCCUGGGUCACUUUGAGAAGCCCCUCUUCCUGGAGCUGUGUAAACACAUGGUAUUUGUGCAGUUUCAACAAGGGGAGUACGUCUUCAGGCCAGGCCAACCUGACAGCAGCAUCUACGUGGUCCAGGAUGGAAAACUAGAAUUGUGCCUUACUGGAACAGAUGGUAAAGAAAGUGUGGUAAAGGAGGUUUACCCAGGAGACAGUGUCCAUAGCCUCCUCAGCAUCCUGGAUGUCAUCACAGGCCACCAGAAGCCUUACAGAACUGUGUCAGCCCGGGCUGCAGAAGUUUCCACUGUUCUCCGUUUGCCUGUAGAAGCCUUCCUUGCUAUAUUUGAGAAGUACCCAGAAAGCCUGGUGCGGGUGGUUCAGAUUAUCAUGGUUCGUCUUCAAAGAGUAACAGUCCUGGCACUGCACAACUAUCUGGGGCUUACCAACGAGCUUUUUAGCCAUGAAAUGCAGCCUUCCCGUCUGCCACCUCCAUCUCCCCACCCGACUCGCACCAGUCCUAUCCGCCAUGGCAAGCGCUUUGGCAGCCUGACAGUGCCUGAGGAGCAUCGGGAAGCCGCUAUAAAGGGAGAAGCUGCAGGAGGGGAACAAGGGAAGGAUGGAGCAACAGUGCCAACUCUUAGCAGAACCAUCUCCAUGCCUGUGGACAUUGCAGGAAUACAAAAAAGUCUGAGGUCAGACUUUGACAUGGCUUAUGAGAGGGGGCGGAUCUCUGUCUCUGCAGAGGAUGGAAACACUCCUCCUACUUUCACCCGGUCUGUAUCUCAGGAGCAGCGAGAAAGGAAGGUGACAGUAGAUGAAAUCCCCUCAGGGAUCUAUCUGUAUCCUGAGGAGGAGUCAGGAGUGGACAAUAUUUUUUCUCCCAUGUCUGGCCGCUCCAGUGCUGCUCUGUUUGAGGAGGCACAGAAAGAAGUCCUGAAACUCAUGAGGAUUGAGGACCCGGCCUUGCUAAGUGGGAAAGUGACUCUGCAUCAUGCAAAAGCCGGAGCUGUCUUAGCCAGGCAGGGAGACCAGGAUGUGAGUCUGCACUUUGUCCUGUCUGGCUGUCUGCAUGUUUAUCAGCGGAUGAUUAACAAGCAGGAGGCUGUCUGCUUGUUUGUCACCCAUCCUGGGGAGAUGGUGGGCCAGCUCGCUGUUCUCACAGGAGAGCCCCUCAUCUUCACCAUCAAGGCAGUCAGAGACUGUACUUAUCUCAAGAUUUCAAAGUCUGAUUUCUAUGAGAUCAUGAGGGAACAGCCCAGUGUGGUGUUGAGCGUGGCUCAUACAGUGGCCAUCCGCAUGUCUGCCUUUGUCCGACAAAUGGACUUUGCUAUUGACUGGAUGGCUGUGGAGGCUGGCAGAGCCCUCUACAGACAAGAGGACCAGUCAGACUGCACCUACAUUGUUCUGAACGGACGUCUACGUUCAGUCAUCCGUAAGACCAAUGGCAAGAAAGAACUUGUGGGGGAAUACGGCAGAGGAGACCUCAUUGGAGUGGUGGAGGCUUUGACCAGACAGCCAAGAGCCACCACUGUCCAUGCUGUGAGAGACACAGAACUGGUCAAACUCCCUGAGGGAACGCUCAACAACAUCAAAAGACGAUAUCCACAGGUGGUGACGAGGUUGAUCCACUUGUUAGGACAGAAGAUUUUGGGUAAUCUACAGCAGGGCCGGGGGCCAUUCUCAGGUUCAGCCUUGAGUCUGCCCAGCAUGACUACCAGUGCUGAUGUCACCAACCCCGCCAGUAACCUCUCCACUGUGGCUGUUCUGCCUGUGUGCGAUGAGGUGCCAGUCAAUGCAUUCAACCUGGAGCUCAGCCAUGCCCUCAGUGCCAUUGGUCCCACUCUUCUCUUGACCAGUGACAUAAUCAGAGAGCGACUAGGUGCUUCUGCUCUGGACAGUAUCCAUGAGUACCGUCUCUCUGGCUGGCUGGCCCAGCAGGAGGAUAUUAAUCGGAUUGUCCUAUACCAGACGGACAACAGCAUGACACCAUGGACUCAGCGCUGCAUCCGCCAGGCUGACUGUAUCCUCAUCGUUGGCCUGGGCGACCAAGAACCUGCCCUGGGAGAGUUGGAGCAGAUGCUGGAGAACACAGCAGUCCGAGCACUGAAGCAGCUGGUCCUUCUGCACAAAGAGGAUGGGCCGGGCCCCUCCAGGACGGUCGAGUGGCUUAAUAUGCGUAGUUGGUGCUCUGGGCAUCUGCACCUCAAGUGUCCUCGGAGGGUUUUCUCCAGACGCAGCCCAAGCAAACUAAGGGAGGUGUAUGAGAAGGUGUUUGAGAAAACGGCAGACAGGCACAGUGAUUUCUCUCGGCUGGCCCGAGUCCUGACUGGAAACAGCAUCGCUCUGGUGCUUGGGGGUGGUGGAGCCAGAGGCUGCUCUCAUGUAGGUGUAAUCAAAGCUAUGGAGGAAGCUGGGAUUCCUAUCGACAUAGUGGGCGGGACCUCAAUCGGCUCAUUUAUUGGUGCAUUGUAUGCUGAGGAAAGGAGUGCAGUUAGAACGAAACAGAGAGCAAGGGAGUGGUCAAAGGCAAUGAACUCAGUAUUUAAAACAGUCUUGGACCUGACCUAUCCUAUCACCUCCAUGUUCUCCGGCUCCGCCUUCAAUGCCAGCAUCUAUAAAGUGUUUCAGGACAAACAAGCCGAGGACCUGUGGCUGCCAUACUUCAACGUCACCACUGAUAUCACAGCCUCUGCCAUGAGGGUUCACCAGGAUGGCUCUCUGUGGCGCUAUGUGCGAGCGAGCAUGACCCUCUCAGGGUAUCUGCCGCCUCUCUGCGACCCCAAAGAUGGCAACUUGCUAAUGGAUGGUGGCUACAUCAACAACCUGCCAGCGGACAUUGCAAGGAACAUGGGGGCCAGAACAGUCAUUGCUAUUGAUGUGGGUAGCCAAGAUGAGACGGAUCUCUGUAACUAUGGCGACUGCCUGUCUGGCUGGUGGUUGCUAUGGAAACGGAUCAAUCCCUGGGCAGAGAAAGUAAAGGUUCCAGACAUGGCGGAGAUCCAGUCUCGACUGGCCUAUGUGUCCUGUGUGCGUCAGCUAGAGGUAGUGAAGAAGAGUGCCUAUUGCGAGUACAUCAGACCCCCAAUUGACCGCUUCAAGACCAUGGACUUUGGCAAGUUUGAUGAGAUCUAUGAUGUGGGUUUCCAGCAUGGUAAACUGCUGUUCACUGGUUGGGCGCGUGGCGAUAUUAUCGAGAACAUGCUGAAAGAUCACCGCUCAGCCGACUACAACGACAGCAAAAGAACUGAUUCCUGCACGUGUCCAGGAGCAGACUUCACUGACCUUGCAGAGAUUGUAUCCAGGAUUGAACCGGUCCAAAGCUACGUAGCUGCAGAAGCCGAGGAGUCAGACUGUCUGACAGAGUACGAGGAGGAUGGCAUGGACACGGUGAGGGAGGAGGAGGGGGAGGAGGAGGAGGAAGAGGCAGAGGAUCCUGAGGAUCAUUCUCCAGGAGAGUGGGGCCAGAAUGGAGUCUUUCAAACUGAUGAAGAAAAAUCUGUGCGACAACGCAGAAAACUCACCAGUGACACAUCUGAGGUCUCUGACUGCUGACAGCGGCCCAUGGAGGAGGAGAGGGAGUUCAAACAAGAAGAAGGGGCAAAUUUGAGGUCCAUAGUUGUCUAGACUGAAGACCUGGACUCCACACUCAGCCCUGCAACUUCUGCAGCUGGCUUUAUCUGUUCACAUGCCAAUCCCACCAUCAAGAAAAUUUAUACCAGUUCUCAAAAAAGAGAGAUUUCUUAUUGAGAAGGGGUUUCCUCUCAUUGCUUUCACACAAAAGUGAAGCAUUGCUAGAAUUCCUGCCUGCCAAAACUGGUACUCCAAACACAACCAAUCAGGGACACUUAAGUCUUCACAUCCACUCUCGUAUUCGUCUGUUCCUAAAAACCUGAAGGGCCCAGACUCCACUUCCAGUUCAUGUCACUGCAUCUUUCUGUUUGUCUCUAAUGUUGGUUCUUUUUUGCACUCCUUGAUCAAUGUUUUUAUUGAUAAUGUGGUCCAUAAUUUGUCAUGUGUGCUUGUUGAGAUGAGUCCAUGUGUGAAGUGAGGUUGUGUGUGGUACAGAUGUGCAAAGCUUUGAUCAGGCAACUAACUUAAGAAUUAGAAACAUGUACAACAGUGCUGUAAAAGCUCUGUCAGUUCAGUUUAGAAGCUAAAUAAAGGGAGUCAUUAAGAAGGAAGAGUUGCUGCAUUUAGGACCAGUGUUUUGAAACACAACAUUUAAAGAGAAGCCUUGAAUGAUGAGGAUUUUGAAAUGCAGGUUUGAGAAAAUAAAGUUAGGAAAAAGUUGUGCUAAAAAAAAUUAAUAUGGACCAGAGAGGUGCUAUUUUAUUUAGAUUAAUUUUUAAUUCACAUACAGUUAAGAGUGUGCUGUAGACAGACUAAAGCUGACAGAGGGUGAAGAGAAAUGGGGAUGAAUGUCAUGAUUUCAGUGAGUGAGGUGACUGUAUUUGCAUGUGUGAAAGUUGUUUUGUUUGAGAUAAAGACGAUGCCUUUCAAUCAGUGUUCGAUCUACUCACAGUGAGCAGAGACUGAAGGAGAUUACGAUCAUUGACCAACACUACACAGCUAACCUGUGUGAUUUCACUCACAUAAAACACUCAAGGUUCCCGUGGACGGUAUUGUGUGUUUGGGUGUGAGAGACUGCACAUUGUAAAAACUCGCCAACAGGUAAACGUUAAAAAUAAUUUUGUCUGAGAUAAUACACAGACAUACUUCAAAAUGGGCAGAAAUUCACCUCAUGUAACUGUUAACACUGAAAUUAAUACAGACCUCUUGUAGAAAAUGUAACAAGAUAAUAUAAUAAUGUCAACCAUAUUAAUAUUGAUAUAUGUAUAUGAGGUGAAAAUUUGUAAGUUGAUGCUUUGCUGCAAAACAAGGGAACCUACACCUGAACAAAAAAAGGGUUUCCUCUUUGAAAAUCCUGUUCUCUUUUAUUUAUGUGUGUUAACUACUGGCUUUUUAAAAUGUUUUCUUUUAUUAUAGUAAGGGAGUGGGGAUUGUCUAAUUUAAAUAACUUGGCUUUAGCUGUUUUGCACUGAAAUAUUUGAAGUAUUCUCUGCUCAGAUGAUGUUUGGUUUAUUCAUUGCCAACUUCCUUGAGAUUUCAAGGGAACCUACAGAAACAGAUGAUAAUUUAAUACGCAUAUUGGAAAAUAAAUAGA